UUUAUAAGAAAAAUGAAGAGUGUUACUGACAGGAAGUUUUCUCCUGUGUUUGAUAAAAUCAUGUAACGAUAAGUCGGGAAAUGCUGACGUCAUAGACGAGGCUUUUGGGGGAAUUGACAUGUAUUUGACUAUUGAGGGCGUUUCUUCGCAUGCCACUGAUUUUCCUUGUUUGGAACGGUCGGACGACCGUGAGGUUGUGAUGAUAAAUUAAUUCUUUUUGAUGAGCCCAACGUUAUUGAACCGUGCUGAUACGUGCUGAAGUAUCUUGUCAGCGUGGUCUCAUACUGGGUUUAGAACUUUGUGUCCUGCUUGAUUAUUUAUCAUCACAGUGUCCCCAACAUCAAGUUCAAUAACGCUUCAUCAGGAUGAAUGCAGCAGGUCAACUUCAAGCUGAUGGUGGGCAGUCUGAGGUCAAACAGGAAGAUGAAAAACAGGAAAAGAAACAGUUGGAGGUGAAUCCUGAAGACUCGGUGAGUCAGUGUGUCAGCCAUACUAGCUCUGCUUCGUCAGCCAUGUUGAAAGCUAUGGCCAGAAAGGCAGCCCUAGCAGCUGAAGCAGCUGCUAUAGAAGAACGCCAACAGCUAGAACUUGAGGAAUUUCAACUAACGCAGCGUAAGUUGAGAUUAUCGAUGCAGACGAAGCUCAGGGUUGCAGAAGCAGAAGAACAGAUAUACCUUGAGUUUGAGAAUAAGAAGUUAGGAAUAAGCUUUCCUGAGAAAGAACAGGAUGAAACCUUACCAUACACUCCUGGCAAGGUGGUGACAGAGACUGUUGUUCCUACUAAGUCUACGAAGUGUAAGCCUAUCACAGCAGAUAGGUCUGACCAUGGACAACCGCUGACCAUGAGUGAUGAUUCCGAUGUAGUCACCCUACUGAAGGAAGGAAAACAGGAGCAACGCCGUCUUUGGGAGGUGAUGCAGCUGCCUAAGGCCGAGUUGACGCCUUAUGACGGAAAUCCCCUAGAAUUUUGGGAGUUCUGGCGGAGUUUCGAGGACAACAUUGACUCUAGUUCGUGCGGAGAUAGGACGAAGCUAACUCGCCUCUUAUACUAUUGUCGAGGGGAACCUAAGAGACGUUUGAGUCCUUGCUUAUUAAUGAACGCAUCACAAGGAUAUUCAACAGCAAAGCGACUUCUGAUUGAAAGAUUUGGAGACCCAGUUGUCAUCACAGACUCCUGGAUGAAGAAGAUAACAUCUGGGAAGCAGAUUGGCCCUCGUGACAAGAAAGGUCUAAGAGAGCUGGCAGAUGACAUGAGUGUCUGCCUUAUGUCAUUUCAAGCAAUAGGAUUCGAACAGGAACUCUCCCCUCAGAAGGUGCUUCUCCCACUGGCGGAGAGACUGCCUUUCCAUUUAAAAGGAAAGUGGCUGAGCAGAGUUGGAGCGAUUCGGCGCCAGGAGAGAAUCCCAAGAUUUGAAGAUCUGAUGUACUUUGUGCAGGAGGCUGCGCAGGAAGUUAAUGACCCGGUGUAUGGAGAGCUGAUGUCUGGUCAGAGUGAGCAACGCACGCCUUCUCGAAGUGGGAAGUCAAAGGGCUCCUUCUCUACAUCUUCCACUGCAAAGCCUGUUGAACUACAUGUAGAGUGUUUCCAGUGCAAGGGUAACCAUAGGCUGUGGGAUUGUAAGCAGUUUAAGGACUUGCCUCCUAAGGAUAGAAUGCGGCUAGCAAGGAAUAAGGGACUGUGUUUUAACUGUCUGAGACGAGGUCAUAUGGUAGGAGCAUGUAGUAGCAAGAGGACUUGCUCAGUAGGUGGUUGCACAAGGAAGCACAAUAAGCUUCUCCAUAUGACAGAACCUGAUGGCGGCACACAAAAUAGAAAUGUGGAGCAAGAAGCCUCCUGUAGUUCCACAGGGGCCGGCAGGAAAAGUGUGCUCCCUAUAGUGCCUGUGAGGGUGAAGGCAGAAGGCUGCCAAGUUAUGCUGUGGACAUAUGCAUUGCUGGACCAAGGGUAAACAGGUACAUUUUGUUCAGCAAGUUU